CAGUGAGAAGCAGACUUGGGCCCGCCAUCGCUCAACUAAUGUACUGCCCCUGGAGUGCUGCUGCUCUUGCCGUCUUCCUCGUCCAGCAAUCAUAAGAGCUCAUUCGAUCAUCUGCUAGCUGUUCAAUUCCAGGGGCUCAUUUUCUCAAACUUGUUUGCGUCGUCAUCGAUGCAGGCACAGCCAACCUCGGCCAUGCCUACUUGAGUGACUUGGUGAUCCGUAACGAUCUGCUGCGAGCAGGUUGGCUUCUCGCUUGCUGAAGCUAGGUUGUCGAGGUUCUUGAAUGCGUCUUCAACCUGUUGGCUCUUCGAGAUAGCAUCGACUUUUUGACGAGGAGGCGGUCUCCCAGAACCUGAUGUGUGGCGAGGGGCGUUACGUGAUAAGGUGAUUCCGGGGAUUCAAACAGCUUAGUUCCUGUUGCGAAGGAAUGCGAUAUUGGGAUACAGAUGUUUGAAGACGAAUCGCAUUGGUUUGCGAGGCACGUCGUGAGGAGAUAUUAGACGGGAAGGCGGGAUUUCAUGUGUUUUGUUGGUGAGAUGAAGUGAGAGUGAUCGGUUGGACAGCUAGUGUGCGACGAAGAGCCUCCUGGUCGCUUUAGAUGAUUACGGUGGUACACUUAUGGUUCUGUACAAAAUUAUAAGCUGUGAUUGAGACGAUCAAAUCAUACGUUGCGGAUUCGGAUUGAGUUCAACGAACACGUGAAAGGCAUCAGUGCGAGAGUGGGACGACAUGGCUGAUGCUGGGGGCCAGGAUACGAAUACUGUCGUCUCCCGCCCUAAUGCCGGGCGUCGGGAUCCUUACGAGGUCCUUGGUUUGCCGCGUGAUGCAACAGAUCAACAAAUCAAGAGCACGUACAGGAAGCUGGCGUUGAAAUAUCAUCCAGACAAAAAUACAGGCAAUCCAGAGGCUGCAGAAAAGUUUAAGGAAGUCGCUUAUUCAUAUGGCAUCCUAUCAGAUCCUGAGAAGCGGAGGCAGUAUGAUUCUGCGGGAUUUAAUGCUGUUGAUUUAGAGGGAUUAGACAUGGAGCUGGACCUUUCGAACCUUGGGACUGUGAAUACUAUGUUUGCUGCGCUGUUCAGUGCCAUUCGAGAUGACAUGCUACAUUUUCCUAGCAGCAAGUUGGGUGUUCCUAUCAAAACAACUGUCUCAGCCACUGUUCUGGAAGAUGCUCUCAACGGUACCGUAACAAUAAGACCGCUUCCCUUGGGACGACCUGUGAAUGAUAAGGUUGAAAAGCAGGGGGCUAACUUUUUUGGUAUUACAAUCUCUGAAGCACAAGCAGAAGCAGGUGUUGUGAUACGGGUGGUCUCAAACGUACAGAGCAAGUUCAAAUUAUUAUACUUUGAGCAAGAAGAGAAUGGUGGAUUAGGUUUGGCGCUACAGGAAGACAGUGUGAAGACAGGAAAGGUCACUUCUGCCGGCAUGUAUUUCUUACAUUUUCAAGUUUAUCGGUUGGACCCAACAGUCAAUGCGCUUGCAAUAUCAAGAGAUCCAGAUGCUGUUUUUUUCAAGAGGUUGGAAGGUCUGCAACCCUGUGAAAUGUCAGAAUUGAAGGCAGGCACUCACAUUUUUGCUGUGUAUGGUGAUAAUUUCUUUAAAAGCGCCAGCUACACAAUCGAGGCCAUCUGUGCUGAGGCAUACUUGGAAACUGCAGUCAAGUUGAAGGAAGUUGAAGCUCAGAUACUGUCAAAACGCAACGAGCUAAGACAGUUUGAGAAAGAGUAUCGGGAUGUAUUGGCUCGUUUUCAAGCUGUUACAAACAAGUAUACACAAGAGAAACAAGCGGUGGAUGAUUUGCUCAAAGCUCGUGAAAAGAUCCAAGAAUCCUUCACGUCCGUACCGACGGCCCCCAAGAAGGUGAGCAGCACCAGCAAUGGCAAGGCCGUUGGGGAAGACUCCACUGUAAGUGCAGAUGAGAGCGAAUCUCCUACCACUGAGGAAUCAAGUGCUGACAAAGCCAAACAGUCGAAGAAGUGGUUCAAUUUGAACUUCAAAAGUGGUAUUGGGUCAGCUGGUAAAUAAUAGACCUCUCGAUAAGUUCCAGUAGUUAUCUUGAUGUUGGUUCUUAGUCUUGCAUUGCUUGUGAGCUUUGGUGCAGCAUUUCUUUAGAGGUAGGAAAUAGGAGAAAUGGUAUAUGACAAGGAGAGAUGGAGGCAAUCAGGUCAGAGUAUCAAUGGGAAUUCGUGUGGUAAUAGUUCAUGCGUUUUGCUGCAAUUUAUGUCAUCCAAAGUCUGUAGAUUCAAUAUCAUCUUGCAUUAGUGUCAUCAUAGUUGCAUCUGUUUUCUCAACGUCUGAGUUGGGGAUACCAGCAGUCACGAGUUGGCUGAUUACAUAGAGCCUCACAGAUGUAGGAAGCAACCAAUCAGGUCUGCCAAUUUGGUUUGUGUAGGAAGUCAACAGAUUUCCCGAGGCAUUCGACUGUUGUCCGCGUCAGCUUGUUUGGAAAUCUAACUAGUCUUGUAACUGGUUCACUGCGAACGACUUUUCAGAAGUGUAAGACAAUGGAAGGUCAAAUCAAUCAUCAACACCUAUUAGGUUCCAGAAGUUUGAUGCCUCUUUGAACCCUCAAGCUGUGCUUCUAAAAAGAAGCAGGAGUGCAUUUGUAUUUGUUAUUUGUACGAGCAUAUAUAUUUUAUAGUGAGAUUAAUGGGCUUGAGAA